AGUGACAGCUGGGGAUCAUGUGAUAGUUUUAUAUUUUGCUAUUUAUGUUAGCUAACUAGCACCGAAGCUGUGCUAAUCGCUAACUAGUUUUUAAGCUGUACAAGCCGGUGGGAGAAAACUGCUAAACGAUUAGCAAUAUUUCAGAACAUUGUGCUUCCUUUAGAAACAACACAAGGAGGCUUCUUUCAAUGAGGAAAUUUUUAUUGUCUUUGAAAACAAAAGUUGUAGCAAAGCUUUAGUUAAUUAUUUAUUAAGCAGGUUUUUUUUUCUUUACUAUAUCGUUAUUAAACUUUGGAUAAGCGGCUAAUUAUCUACGGAAAGCUUUUAAAGUCAGCUAAUUGUCAGCUAGUUAGCAAACAAACCGGUCGCUAUAACUGAUAAAGCCGUUAACUUAGCUAGCUAGUUAGCUUAGAAAACUUUGUAAGGUUUAAGCUUGUUUUUUUUUUUUUUAGUCAGAGAUGAGACUAAAUUGUGGAAAAUUAUUCCGGAUAGUUUUAUACAUGUAGGAGACUGUCAAGACAGUGAAAGUAGCCUGUAGUGCCGGAAGGGCACAGAGCCAGAGUGCACACGCUUUUACGUUAUUGACAUUACAUCGUAACCAAUAGUGUUAGCUAGUAGCGUGUUUGCUAACACUCCCUCAACCUGCAUCAGCUGACAUCCUCGGGUGAGUACAGCAGCAGAGCCAGCCGCUAUGGAUCAACUCAAAGUCAAAGAUAGGAUUCUUGAAAACAUAUCCCUGUCUGUAAAGAAGUUGCAGAGUUACUUUGCAGCUUGUGAAGAUGAUACACCAGCCAUCAGGAACCAUGACCGUGUUCUCCAGCGGUUAUGUGAGCACCUAGACCACGCGUUGUUAUAUGGGCUACAGGAUAUAUCUUCAGGUUACUGGGUAAUUGUCUUACAUUUUACACGACGGGAAGCCGUUCGACAGAUUGAUGAACUUCAGCACAUAGCCACCAACCUUGGAAGAAGUCGUGCAUGGCUGUACCUGGCACUCAGUGAAAGUUCUUUAGAAAGCUAUCUUCGUCUUUUCCAGGAGAAUCAAACACUUUUGCAUAAAUACUACUUCAAGAAUGCCCUGGUUUGCAGCCAUGACCAUCUCACUUUGUUCCUUACACUCGUUUCGGGUCUGGAGUUCAUCCGCUUUGACCUUGAACUGGAUGUUCCUUACCUGGAUGUGGCACCUUACAUGCCAGACUAUUACAAACCACAGAAUCUUUUGGAUUUUGAGGAGAGAUUGCCCAGUUCUGAUAGUUUAUCUCUGCACUCAUUCAACUCCACUAAUCUUGAGUGGGAUGACAGUGCCAUCGCACCCUCGAGUGAAGAUUAUGAUUUUGGUGACAUCUUCCCUGUGUUGCAGUCAAUGCCAAGUGCAGACUGGGAAGAAGGAGAUCUAACUGACCCAGUCAGUGGUCCUCGCUCUUCAGCCUCAGACCCCCAAACUGUAAUCACAGACACUGUUGUCAAAACAGCAGUCGCUCCAGUUCGGUGUACGUCUGUGUCACGUAGCCCCACAUUUCACUACAACCCCUUUAAUGAAGACUCGGACACUAACACCUCAGCAGAUGUUACACCGGUGCACACAGCCAGCCGCCAUGACAUUCCUGCUGGGGAUGACACAGAGAGCACCAGCACAGAUCUGGAGGUCAUAAGGAUGGUCAGGAGAAGGAAACCAGUUAAGAAGCGCCGGGGAAGAGGCUCAACUGACUCUGUCAGCAGUGGACAUAGCAUGCAGUCUCCAGAACAAGUUGAAAUGGAGGAAUCCCUUCAGAUCAACAAUGAAAGGAUGAAUCCAGCGGAUGGAAGUGUUGAAGGUAGCAUUAACUCUCUGGAUGCCCUGGACGGCUCAGCACGAGCAGCCACAAGGAAAAGUGAAGACCAGGAACCCGAAGCACUGUUGAGGCUUCCUGAAAUGACAGACACGUCCAUGGACAGUGUAGGCCAGCCACUUAAAGACGUAAUGGAUAGAUUAAACGGGGCUCUGGAUGGAAAGAGAUGGGAUGGACAAGAAGACGAGGAAGAGGAGGCAGAGAAUGGCAUUAAUCCACCCACAUCUGCACUUCAGCAUCAGCCCUUUCGGGAGGAUGAAGGCGGAGAGCCUCCUGACCCAGACAGGCAGUCACGCAUUAUGGCCUCAGCAUCUACAGCACACUUCUACUGCUUUACCUCCCACAGUGCAGAUGCUGUUGCCAAGAGUGGUAGCCACCAUGACUCUGCAGGGAAUGGCAAGUCGCAAACUCUUUAUGGUGGCCAUGAAGAUGAGAGAGAAGGAGAGACAGCAGAAGAGUUUGCAUCCUCCAAAAUAGAAGAGAAAGAGAGGGGGGAUGUUGAGAUGGAGCAGUCAAAUGGUCCUGCUCAGAUCAAAUCUAAUGGAAAUGAAGCAGGAGAAGGAUGUGUUCCAGCAGAGAGUUUUCAUCCUGCAGAAUUUAGGGUCGAUAAUAAUCUUCUGCUACUUCUUAUGAUCCAUGUAUUCCGGGAGAACGAGGAGCAACUCUUUAAGAUGGUGAGAAUGAGUACUGGCCACAUGGAGGGGGACCUGCAGCCUCUCUUUCUGCUUCUAACAGACCAUUAUAUUUACCUGUUGCGGAAAGGAGCAGCAGACAAGCCAUACAAUGUAGAGGAAGCUGUGUCCUACAGUGAACUAGAUUACAUUUCUGUGGGUUUAGACCAGCAGACAGUCAAUCUGGUUUGCACCAACAGAAGGCGGCAGUUUCUUCUGGAUACUGCAGAUUGUUCACUCACUAUCUGGUUUCUCAACAUGCUGAAGUCUUCAAUGAUUAACGGCUGCACCGAACUGCCUUUCCCUGCUGUUUUGACUGAUGCGACUAUGGAAAAGCUGGCUCUGACUAAGUUUGUGUGCCAAGAGUCUCACUGUGAGGUAUCAGAAGUCAGUAUUCGUCUCUAUUCCCUCGUUCAUUGGGAAGAUCCCAUGGACAUGGGUUUGGGCAGUCUCACCUCUCCGUCAGGUUUAGAGAAGUCCAGUAGUACCAAAGAGGGGGCCCUUUUAUAUCGAACAGGGACAUCAUACCUGGGGAAGGAGCUGUGGAAGAGUUGUUACCUUGUGCUCAGCAGUGGCAUCCUUUUUCUGUAUGCUGAAAGGACUGAUGUUACCCCGUUGAUGUCAAUUACCAUGGGGGGUGAACACUGUGGAGGCUGCAGGCGCUCAAACAGCAACGAGAGGCCACAUGCAUUCCAGGUGAUCCUGACAGCAAGUUCUCCUCUGGAGCUGAGUGCAGAAAAUGAGCUAGACAUGGCAGAAUGGAUGCAGCUCAUCUGUCAGGCUGUGUCUAAAGGAGUGAUUCCACAGGGAGUCGCACCAACACCUUGUAUCCCAUGCUGCCUUGUUCUCACCGACAUGAAGUUGUUGACAUGUCAUCAGGAUUGCCAGACCAGUUUUUUCCGUUCGCUUGGUGCAGCUGAUAUCAGUGACGUCACGGCUAUCUGCCUCGAGGAGGAUAAGGAAUAUUGUGUUAUUGAAUUUGCAGCCGACCGCUCUCAGUUCCUCCCUUCAUGGGUUCUUUAUUUUAGUGGUUGUGGGGAGAGGGAUCGGCUCUUGGGAGAACUCGAUUCUGUGUGGAGAUCUAUAUUCCAGGUUUCUCUGACUCGAAAGGGAGUAUCGGACGAGCUGGUGCAGAAGAGGUGCAGGGAGGCACUGGAGCUGAUGAGGAGCGCCUGGAAGAGGAGUGACAGUCUACACAGAGGAAGGUGCCAUCGAGAGCCAUGGUGCUGAGAGCUGGUCAGUCCUACCAGAAUAGACUGAGGGCAAGCGCGUGACUCAUCUUCCUUCUAUUAAUGUGUGUGUGAACAGCAGGCUGUGUGAGGACAUAGACACAUCUACAAAUACUACAAAUAUUACAGUUGUAGUGUAGAGUAGACAAAUUGCCAAUUGAAUGGGAAUGCACUGUAAACACUGAGCUGAUUGAAUUUUCAUUAUCGACAUCCUUGUGUAGCCGGACACUUCACAAAUGUACAGUUUGUGUAAAGUGUAAAUAUAAGGUGCUUAGUUAGUUAACGUUACUUUCCUCCUUGUAAAGCUCUUUUUAUUAAAUACCUCACUAAAACUAUGUAUGCAAAGGUACUUUGAUGGACUUCAGUCAAUGAUUUACUGUUUUGACUCGUUGCUAAUGAAAUCUAAGGUGUUUAUUUUCUGGCUGCUGAAGGUAGAUUUCUGUAUAUUCAUCAACGCACAAGAAGAACGAAAAAAGGAAGCUGGUUAAAAAUGAAAGAGUGCUUGUUUGUACCAGCUUGCAAAAUUGCACAUGAUUAGUAAUUUUAGUUGUUUUUCUACAUUGCUUUUACUAAAAUUAUCUAGAAUGAUUUUUCUAAUGUGAUGAAUGUAAUUGCUAUGGGACAAUUAAUCCAUCACCUUGGAUGAAGCUUCUUGCUUAUGGAUUUCUGAAAUGCUGAUUAUGUAAUCAUCUGUUUCAUGUAAAACCACUUUUUGUUUUCCAAGACACAUUCUGAAGAAAAGAUGAUAUUAAUAGCAACUUCAGUACACCGGCACAUUAUAGGGCCUAAAGUUAAAGCCAUGUAAUCCUUACAUUAUUUUAUUUGUAUUUAUGCUGCAUUAGCCAACCAGUGUUUAAGGCUCGUAUGUGAUUUUAUGUCUGGCAGAUCCCAUCACUUCACUGAUGAGUUUGCUUGACUUCUACACAGAUCCAUGUAUGCUCAAUUCAUGUAAAAAAAAAUAUCCUGCUUGAGUUUUACAUGCAAGGUGUUUUUUUUUCUUUUCUCAAUUACACUCGAGUACAGUUUCCAGCAUUAUUUAAUUACACUUUUUUUUUUUUUCUUCUAAUCGAUUCGCCAUUCCAUGAUUUGAUACAUACUGUAAUGAGGUACACUCUGGAAAUACUGUCAAACUGUAUGUUUGUGCGUGUAAAUUAUCUGAGGAUGUUUCCCUGGCUGUUAUGACUUGGUGUGAUGAAGUAAGAUAUAGAACCUCAGGUUUCAUGAAAGUUGUCUGAAUUCAAUGUAAACUGUAUAUGUAGACAUUGCAGGACAAUGAUGGAUUACAGAUGGAAUGUCUAAAUUGUAUAAAAGCCCUUUUUUAAUGUGUUUGUAAUGCAUAUGUACAUAUUCUCUUUGUAUUUAGUUGCUUAUUUUAUUUGUGUGCUUUGGCAUUGUUAAUAAAGUAACCCAGUUUGUCCUGAUACUUGAUUUUAAAUACACUAACUGCUGCAUGAUUUGUUUCAUUUUGAUUUUUUUACAUUUUCUUUUAACCUAUGUUUUUUUUUUUUUUUUUUUUGUAAAUGGGAAAUAAACAAAAACAAAAUGUA